AUGACAGACUCAAAUAACAGUCCCACAACAACCUCAGGAUCAGCGACAGCAAAACAACCCUCAUGCAUUCUCUGUCGCAAAAGAAAAGUGAAAUGUGACCGCAAAUACCCAUGCUCAAACUGCAUUAGGGCCAACGCAGAAUGCAUCUUUCGCGAGUCUAUACCGGCUCGUCACCACAAACGGAGGGCUGAGCAUGCCUUGUUGUCGAGGCUGAGGCAUUAUGAAAGUCUUUUGCGGCAGCACGGGAUCGAUCCUGGUGUUAAUAGUGAUGAUGUUGCAACCACUGCUGGCGGUGGUAGUACUGAAGUCCAGCAUGAGAUGAGUGCGCUAAGGUUAUCGGACUCCAAACCCGCAUCGAGUCCUGUGAGUCGUCCGGGAAUGUUUACACAACCCCUUACGGGUCAAUUUGUGUCAAAAGGAGGGAAAUCUCUUUAUUUGGAAAAUGACGUUUGGAAUACUCUUGGAAGCGAGCUCGAAGACUCCGAUUGCAUACCAGAUGAGAGUGAUACCGAGAGUGCGGAUUAUCUCUCUCCCAAACAUGAAAAUGAAUCAUUUCUCCUCGAUCAUGGAUAUGAUGUACUAUUCUCGGCACCAUCAAAUGAGACCUUGUCUAGUCUGCACCCCGACCCAGUGCAUAUCUUCAAACUAUGGCAAGUAUUUCUUGAGAAUGUGAACCCACUGACGAAAGUCAUUCAUGCACCUGUCUUACAACAGCAAAUGCUCAACGCGAUAGGCGAUUUGAGCUCCAUGGGAAAGGGAAUGGAGGCUUUGCUGUUUUCGAUCUAUAGCUGCGCCUUGCAUUCAAUGACAGAUGAGGAAGUGCAAAAAGAACUCGGUCAAGAGAAGAGUCUGCUGCAGGCUAGGUUCCGUAUAGCGACACAGAAAGCGCUGGCUAAUGCGGGAUUACUCAAAACAACAGACUUGGUGCUAUUACAAGCCUUUUGUUUAUACCUUGUUUCGUGCCGUUCCACAUAUGAUCGAAGGACAACAUGGUGUCUGAGUGGUACAGCAAUAAGAAUCGCGCAGCAAAUGGGCCUCCACCGAGAUGGCUCUAACUUGGGGCUAUCUGUCUUUGAGACUGAGAUGAGACGUCGUGUAUGGUGGCAUAUUAUCUACAUGGACAAGUCCAUCACGCGGUCAUCUGGAUUUAUCUCCGCUCCAUUGCCCGCAAACGAUACUCAUUACCCCCUGAACGUGAACGACAGCGAUCUUCACCCUAACAUGAAAGAGCCACCCGUCGAAAGAAAUGAUAUCGGUACCGAUAUGAUAUUCAGUCAAUUACGACAGGAGCUUGGCAAAUGGCAGGAGCGCCAACCUCAAUUCGUCGAGUCUAUGUUUUCAGGUACUGAUGAGAAACCACAACUUCGAGAAGAAAAAGCUCAGCGCAGACAGAAAGCAGUUGAUGAAUUUAGAGCAAUUCUCCACGACAAGAUCGUCCGAUUCUGUGAUCCGUCUAUCCCGUUGCAUAUCCUUGUCAACGGUUCGGCGCAUACAAUCACCUCCGUGAUGCAACUAGUCGUGACUCGUCCGUUUUAUCUAUGGGUGCCGGAUUUGAAAUUACCGCCAUUAUCGCGGACCGAAAACGAUGAGCUCUUUGCGACAUGUUUGGAUCUUAUUAGGCACAAUGGCCGACUACGCAACGACGAUGUUCUCCGACGCUUUAUAUGGCAUCUUGAUUGGCACCUACCCUGGCCUAUUAUGUUAUACAUGAUAUCUGAACUGUCGAAGAGAUCAGUCCUCUCAGAGGAUACGCGACAGGCGUGGAAGUGUAUGGAUGAUUUGUUUGUGCCGUAUCAUCAACGACUUGGACCUGAGGCCCGAGGUCCCUUGCACAUCGUUUGUCUGAGACUUGCUGCUAAAGCCUGGAGUUCUAAUUUGGAGGAGUAUCAAAGUUUGGGGGUGCCAGUUCCUUCGUGUCCGAGGAUAGUCGAGUUACUCAACAAGCACUCUUCUGCGUCUAAAGGUCGCAAGGGCACCCCCAGCCGAUCAGACCAAGGACCGACCGUGUCGUCUUCUGCUCCUUCGACCGGAAUUGAACAGGAGCAGCAACACCAACAAGGACAGCAGCCUGUUUAUACAACGACAUACCCGGGUCUGCCUCAGGGUACAUAUGUCCCUGGAAGUGAGAACACAGGAAACGCACAGUACUUCGCUGUCGACAACCUAAACCUUCCAGACAUGUUUGGUGAGAGCCCGAGCAUGCUCUCAAACGACGGAGUCAUGAUCGACUGGGUAGACUGGGAUCCUUUCUUUCAACAUAUACCACCCCACGGAGUGUCUAAUUUCUGA